GUAUUACCUCGAGGUACAGUAGCAAAUACAGAAGCAAGUUUGGAAGGUAAUUAUGUGGAUAAAAAUGGUCAACCUGUAACGUAUAAGCGUGAAGUUGUAACAAGUGUUAAUCCAAAUAGCGAAAGUACGCUGCUUAAAGAAGAAGAAAAGCGCGUUGUUGAGACACCACUUGAACCUGGUGUCAUUUCCAGACAUGUAACCACAAAAUAUUAUAAAAAGAAAACUGUGACCGAUACGACGACAAAUACCGCCACUGUUCAUUGA